AUGGUUUUGGACGACUUUGAGUUCAUAAAUAUCCUCAAGGGAAAACGCAUUAAACUGACCCUCAAGACUUCUUCUUACUUUGGCGUCGUCCAGCGUAUAAAUCUCAACAAAACUUUGAUCUUGGCGGACGUCGUUAGUGGUACCAAUGGCUGCAAAUAUCCUGGCUCGCAAGUGUUCUUUGGACAUGAGAUUCUCAAUGUGGAAUUUACAGAUGAAGGAGAGAGUGGCAGUGGACUUGAAGACCACUUGAACGUGGAAAAGUUUCAGCCAUACAAGAAGACAGUCAUAAUGGAUCAUGAUGAAGAUGAAGAGGAGUCUAUCAACUUCGUAGUCAUCGAUGAGUUUCAUGAGAAGUUUGGGCCUGCUGUGAUGCACAUCAAGAAGCAGCAUGUGAUUGGUGUGGGAGUGGAUGGACUCGAGGUAUUUAAGCAUGGGAGACUGUGUUGGCUGCAGAUUGCCACUAAAAACAAGGUAUACUUGUUUGAUAUUCUGUUGCUGGGAGCCCGGGCUUUUAAGAACGGUCUGUCCAUGGUCCUGGAAAAUAAGCACAUAUUAAAAGUGAUUCAUGACUGCCGAGCCAUUGCUGGAUGUCUGAUUGCUCAGUUUGGAGUAAAGCUAACCAAUGUCUUUGACACACAGGUGGCAGAUGUCAUGUGUUUCUACUCGCAGACAGGCGGGUUUCUUCCUGACAGAGUCAGUACUCUCCAGGAGGUGGUGAGUCUCCAUCUGAAGGUGCCCUCCUCCCAGCUCUUAUCCCUUCAGAUGAAGUCACAGCUCACCAAGGAGGAAAAGGAGAUGUGGUACAAGCGUCCAUGUCCUGUGAGCCUGCUGAAGGUGAUGGCUCUGUCAGUGAUCCACCUGCAGCCUCUCAGACUGGUGCUGCUGGACACGCUCAUGACAGACUACAUGACCCUGGUAGAUGCAUACCUUAACAGCAGCCACUAUGAACCUGAUGAAAUGGUACAUGUCAGCAUGGAGAGUGUGUUAGAGUUGCCCAGAGAGCUCAAGCAGCUGCAGCAAAUGCAUUAUGAGCGUCGGGAGUGGGCUGCUAACCACUACCUGGUCACAGAGCAGGGUCUGCUGGCUCGCUUCAACCCCCAAACUAAGUCUCCACCCCAGACCUCACCUGCAGCAGAGGGGGAUAGUCAGACACAGACAAACUCCCUUGGACCUGCAGCUGUGGAGUCACACUCAUCAGCACAACCGGACCUCCUCCUUGACCAGCCACCCACAAGCCCUCCAAAGGCCUCCAGUGUUUCAUCUGCAGAUGUCCUUGCCUUUCUUGACACCCCAGCUCAGGCUCAAGUCACAGUCACAGUAUCAGACUUUGAGGAAGAGACGCCCUCUGUCAGUCCCCUGUCUGUAGGUGUGGGCAGAGGAUGCACAGAGGCACUGAUGGGCACAUUAGGUAGAGGAAGGCACUGUGGGAAAGAGCCAUCAACCUUAUAUGCCUUACCUGCCAUAGGAAGAGGCUUUACUCUCCAGAUACCACCAGCCCAGAUCCCCAGAGAGAGCAGUGGGGACAUGAAAAGUCUGAAGAUGACUCCUGCAUGCCCCAGCCUCACACGUUCCAAGAAGACAAUGCCCCACCACUAAUAACCGGCCUAAGGGUACUUCUGGUAUGGAGAGGACACAUUUCUACGCUGACCCCCCGAGUCGUUCUCAUCUUCACUGAGGCACUCAGUUGCCACUUUGUGAUUUCAUAGAGUGACCAGUAGAUGGCAGUAAAUAUUCUGUGUUGUGCAAAGGUUUGUUUGAUACCAGGUGUUUGUGAAGAAUAAUUUGUUUGAAAACAGAAGAGGAAAGGGUUUUGUUGUUCCGACAUUGCAUGCCAGUUUAAUUAAAAUACAUUU